AGCCUGUUGACAAUCUGCCUUGUUAAAUACCGCGUUCUCUCUCUUUCUGCACUUUCAUAUCUCCCCAUUCAUGGCCGCAAUCUUUCAGCUUGUUGCCUUUCUCAUGACCAUUAAAAAAGGGCCAUUUUUGGUCCCGUAUUUUCGGGCUCCUUAAGGCUACCACCAUAUAGAUGGUCCUCACCUUCUGCCACCUUGGAAGAAGUGACUGAUCCCAUUGCAUCUGUGAUCUCUCACCGACGAUCCAAGCACCCUCUUAUAGUCUUCUGGCAUCAAGCAAAUCGCCUCACUUGCAUCCAUAAAUCCUUUGAUUUUUCCUGCUGGUUUGAGGUGCCGACUUGUUCUUAAGGUGCUUGCUUCCUUUGCUUUCAUUGGCCAUGUCCGCCUUCGAAUUUGAGGCAGCCGCCGUGUCGGAAUUUCCGUUCGACGGCCGCCUCUGGCGCGAAGAACAAGGGGUUCUGCGUCAAAUUCCGGGGACCCAAGAAGAUGGAGCUGGCGGGGUGAAUGAGGACGGGUACCGGACGCCGACGUCAUCCGAGUACAGAAUACCUGAGGUCUUGGAGUGCCCACCUGCACCAAGGAAGCCUAAGAGGGAGUUCAGGCUGAAGAGGAAAAGGGCACGGGCGUUGCAGGUCCAAGAGGUCGAUCCCAACGAGAUUGAGCUUUUUCUCAGGCAAAUUCUCGUCCAUUUGACUCCGGAGAGCGGCCAGAAGGUCAGAAAGGUGAGAGGAGAUUGAACAUUGUGAAGGGAAGUGGCUUCUGCUACUGCUUCUUAAUUACUACCACUGCUGCCUCUUCUCGGCUGCUUUUCUUUCUUUGUCCCACGAUGCUAUUAGUGUACUUCUUGUCGUUGGUAUCGACUUAUAGAAGCUAAACUGAGAAGCAUGUGAUGUAGCACCAACAGAGUCUAUCAGUUGUGAUUUAGCCACACGAACUUCUGCUUCUCUUGCAGAUGAUUAUCUUUUAUAUAUGAAAAAGUAAUGUUAGCAGUA